CACAUUCCUUCUUUAGGUUUUAGAGUGGGCCUUUAAACUCUCUUUUUAUAUGUUUAAACAAUAAGCAUAUUCCUAUCCUAAAACUCCAUACUUCUUUUCAUGAUUUUUAUGACUUUCAGAUAAAUGCAUGGACAAAAUUCCAACAUGACAGAAGAAUAAAACUGAACCUACUUACCCCAUAUUCUUAAACAACCAAAAAAAUUCUUUUAAAGCCUCUCUCAAUUUCAGUGCAAUGACCUCAAUGCAUAUAUAACUACAUAUACCUUCUCUUAGAGCCUUCAUCAUCUUACUUAUAAUCCGAAAUCGAUUGCUUUCCAUUUUUAGCCACUGUUUCAUCCUUCUAAGAGCUAUAUAAUGCAAAAUUUUCAGCUGUAAUAGCUCUGAAAGCAUAACCCCUAUAUAUGGACAUCAUUAAGAUGUCUCAUCUGAUGAUUUUUUUCUGUGUCAUCUUUAGUAUUUUUCUUUCUAACACCUCGGCUGAGAGUUUGGGUGAUUCUUAUUGGCUUUUAAGGAUCAAAUCGAGUUUUGUUGAUCCUGAUAAUGCUCUCAGCAACUGGUCUUCUGCAACAAGUAUCUGCAGCUGGAAUGGUCUUACAUGUUCACUUGAUCAAGCUCAUGUUAUAGGCAUGAACCUCUCAAGUUCCGGGCUUUCUGGUGUUAUAUCACCUGAUUUUUCACAUCUAUCUUCUCUUCAGACUCUCGACUUGUCAAUGAAUUCUCUCUCUGGCCCUAUUCCUGGAGAGCUUGGCCAGCUUGAGAAUCUAAGAGAGCUCCUCCUAUACACUAACUCUCUCUCUGGCAAGAUUCCUCAUGAGCUCGGUUUUCUUCCAAAGUUGGAGGUUCUUAGGAUAGGGGACAACUUGCUUAGUGGGGAGAUCCCCAAAAGUAUUGGCAACUUGACUGAACUGAAAGUUCUAGGCAUUUCUUAUUGCCUGUUGAAUGGAAGUGUCCCGUCUGAGAUAGGAAACUUGAAGAACUUGGAGUCUCUUGAUUUGCAACAGAACGCUCUCACAAGCCCAAUUCCAAGUGAGAUUGGUGGAUGUGAGAAGCUACAGAUUUUUGCAGCCUCCAACAACAUGCUCCAAGGAGAUAUACCUGCAUCAAUUGGUAAGCUUCAUUCAUUACAAGUCCUUAACUUAGCCAACAAUAGUUUUUCUGGAAAGAUUCCUACAGAGCUGGGAAGUUUGCAAGAACUGAAUUACUUGAAUCUGCUCGGAAACAGAUUAAGUGGUGCUAUCCCCUCGGAACUUAACCUGUUGAGUCAGCUACAAAAGCUAGACUUAUCAGGAAAUAAUCUCUCAGGAUCUCUCAACCUCUUCACUUCAAAAAUGAAGAACCUCGAGGUUCUUGUCCUCUCGGAUAAUCAUCUAGCUGGUGACAUUCCAGCAAGCUUCUGCAUGAAUGAUUCAAAGUUGCAGAUGUUUUCUCUUGCAAGAAAUGGUUUCUCGGGAAAAUUUCCCUUGGAGUUGUUGAGCUGUUUUUCUCUCAAACAGUUAGACCUUUCUGACAACAAAUUCCUAGGGGAGUUACCGUCUGAGAUUGAUAAACUGGCAUACCUCACCGAUCUUUAUCUUAACAACAACAGCUUCAGUGGGAAGCUACCUCCUGAGAUUGGCAACUUGAGUAACCUGAAGUUCCUUUCCUUGUAUGGCAAUGGGAUCACAGGAGAAAUUCCGGCAGAAAUAGGGAAGCUCAAUAAGUUAAGUGUCAUCUACCUGUAUGAUAACCACAUGUCAGGUAACAUUCCGAAAGAAUUGACAAACUGUACUAGCCUCACAGAGAUUGAUUUCUUCGGAAACCAUUUUUCUGGCUCGAUUCCUGAUACAAUCGGGAUGCUUAAAAACUUAAUUUUGCUUCACUUGAGGCAAAAUGAGUUAUCAGGGAAAAUUCCUCCUUCCUUGGGUGACUGCGCAAAGCUCGAAAUGUUGGCCUUAGCAGAUAACAAAUUAUCCGGGUCAAUCCCAUCAACAUUCAGUUCUUUGUCAGAGCUAAGUCUCAUCACCCUUUAUAAUAACUCUCUUGAAGGCCCUUUACCCGAAUCUCUAUUCCUUUUAAAGAACCUUAAAAUCAUCAACUUAUCCCAUAAUAAGCUAAAUGGAAGUAUCUAUCCACUAACAGGUUCAACCUCUCUUACAGUAUUAGACUUGACUAAUAAUAGCUUCUCUGGUUCAAUCCCUUCUAGGCUAGCCUUGUCCAAAAACCUCAUCCGUGUUCGCCUUGCAGGAAACACUCUCACAGGAAAUAUUCCUCUUGAGUUUUCCCUUCUUAAAGAGCUUAUUUUCCUUGAUUUAUCUUCCAACAGUUUGUCAGGAGAGCUAGCUGUUAGUCUAUCCAACUCCACAAAACUCGAGCAUCUUAUGCUGAACGAUAACCAGUUUUCCGGAAAAUUUCCUGCUUGGUUAGGGAGUCUGAAAGGGUUAGGAGAGCUUGAUCUGUCUUCUAAUGAUUUCAGUGGAACAAUACCAAAAGAGCUUGGAAACUGUUCUGCAUUACUCAAACUCUCUCUUCAUACCAACAAGUUGUCUGGCCAAAUACCUCCAGAAUUAGGAAACCUGUCAUCUCUUAAUGUCCUUAAUCUGCAGGGCAACAACUUAUCUGGAAACAUUCCUUCAGAAAUCCAGCAUCUUCAGAAGCUAUUCGAGCUUCGGCUCUCUGACAACUUCUUGACAGGUGAAAUACCUGAUGAGCUAGAACAGCUUACUGAACUUCAAGUGAUAUUAGACCUGAGUCAUAAUCAGUUGUCAGGGGAGAUUCCUCAGUCACUUGGAAAUCUCAUGAAACUCGAGCGACUGAACCUCUCAAAUAACCGUCUUCAAGGGCGAGUGCCUUCCUCACUAGGAAAGCUCUCUAGCCUUCACAGACUCGACCUUUCACAUAACCUUCUCCAAGGGAAACUCCCAUCUGCAUUCUCAUCCUUCCCAGUUAGCGCCUUUGUGGGAAACAAGAGGCUAUGUGGGGCGCCGUUAGUGUCUUGCUCGAGCUCAUCUAGGAAAUGGCUGCCUAAGGGUGAAGUUAUUGCAAUCAUUGUCGCUAUCGUUUUUACUUCAGCCGUUAUAUGCUUGCUAAUGAUUUAUAUCAUGUUGAGAAUAUGGACUGUUUGGAGGCAAGUUUCUGUUUCUAACAAUGAUGGGUUUGGGAAUGAAAAUAAGGGGCAAGAUGAAGAGAAGUGGGUGUGUUACGGGGACGAAAAAAAGAAAGGAGGAUAUUGCAAAAUGAACUCCAAGAACAUGACUCCUUCACCAGAUAACCAGCUCAAGAAAUGAACAUCAAUCAGUUUGAAUUCCUUUUUGUGCUUUUUGUUUGAGAUGUAUAAAGUCCCUUUAUCCUCUAUUAUACAUGUAAGUUUCGCGCUGAGGCGAAAAUUGUAGCUAUUGAUUUUAGAGUCUAAGUUUGUAGAGAUGUGUAAAUUUAAUUUUAGUUUGGUGGAUAUCCAAAUGUUUGUUUUUCUGCGAUUACGUAUAGGUUUGAUCAUAACCAGAUCAUUGAGAUGAAUAAAAGUGAUGGAUGAAAGAAGGUAUAAUGUAUAGAGUCCCACAUCAGACAGUUAGAGCAAUAAGAGACAGAGAACUAGAAUAAAAAGAUUGGUCCGUGCUCUGAGCAGAUCAUACCUUUCUCGGCCUUUUGGCUAAGAUCAAGUGUAGUAUCUGUUCUUAUCAGUUUAAUAUCUGAUACGUGGGCCAAUGGCCCACAACGAUAUUAAAUUUAUUUUUUAAGGGGGAAGUCCCACCACAGUAGCUUGCUACUGGGGUCUUCAAGUGUCGCCCAUGCGUUGCACUACUGCACGGGCCUGGCGCACCCCACCAA